UGACGCAGGGUGCGUGACGUCGCUCCGGUCUCUCGCAGGGAAUCCCGCUUCACUUCCGUCACUCGGUAGUUUCGGUAGUUGAACCUCGGCGAGCGCGAGUCAAUCACGCGUCCGUCACUCGUCUCCCGCUCGCGCGCACACGGAGCGCGUGACGUCACCGCGGCGAGGGGCUCCGGUCCUCAGGUGUAUCCCGGUCCCGUCCGUCUCUCCGCUCGGUCUUCGGCUCGUCCCGGGAGUAACGCGGCGGACCGCUCGUCUCCGGCGACAUGGGAAAGACGCUCGCGCCGCUCGUGCUGUGCGCCGCCGUCGCUCUGUGCCACAGUAGGUCUGUGACGGUGUCCAGGGGCCCCCUGCUCCGGGUCGAGGGCCAGCCGCUGUCUGUUCGCUGCGAUGUGUCGGAGUAUGAGGGCCCGAGGGAGCAGGACUUCGAAUGGACAGUGACGCGAGGGAAAGAAUCCAUCAAAGUGAUCUCCACGUUUGAUGAUCGUUUCACAGACCGCUCUCUGCUGGAGCGCACGCGGAGCGGAGACGUCAGUCUGUCACGGCUAGCGGACAGCGCCGUCGAGCUGAGAAUCCGGGAGGCUCAAGUCAGCGACAGCGCCACCUACCGCUGCAGUACCCCGAGCACCGACUCGGUCAUCAGCGGGAACUAUAACGCCGACGUCCAGCUGCAAGUUGUUCCCAACAGCCUGAUUGUGGCUCCCGAUGCCCCAAACCCCGUGCUUCGUGAAGGUGGAUCCGUCAGACUCCUCUGCAACGUUUCCCGUAACUUCAUGGAGGGAAUUUACCUGUCUCUCACCUGGUCGGUGAAGAAGGCCUCGUCGCUGCUCGAGGACCUGCUGACCUUCGGCCCAGAUUUGGGCGUGACGGUCGGCGACGGCUACACGCCGCGCUACACAGAUGGCGGGAUGCGGCUCGAAAUGGGAAACGGCGUCUCGCACAGUCUGGUGCUCUCCGGAGCGACGCCGGCCGAUCAGGGCAUGUACGUGUGCACGGCCAGACUGUGGACGAGAGAGCAGGGAGCCUGGAACCGCGUUCAGGAGAAGACCGUGGAGAUGGGAGAAGUGUCUGUCACCCCUGCGGCGAGCUCCCUCGGCGUCCAGGUUCAGGACGACAGCACGCUGUCCGCCGGAGAGACGCUGCUCCUCACCUGCUCGGUCUCUGCCGACGCCUCGGUGGACCUGGAGGUGUCGUGGCUGAUGAACGGCUCGCGACUUCUGGCCCGUCUGAGUCGAGACGGCGUGCUGACGAACGCCUCUGACGCGGUGGACGCCCGGCGGCUGGGAAAGUGGGAUUUCCAGCUCAAGGUCCACGGCGUGGAGCUGUCUGACGCGGGACUCUACGCAUGCAAAGCCGGUGCUUGGGUUCAGCGCGAUGCCGGACGAUGGUACCGGGCCGCGGAGAAGACUUCGGACCCCGUGCGCGUUCACGUUAUUAAGCUGAAUCCGAACUACACCGUUGUUCUGAGCUCAUCCGCGAACGCAAAGUUCCCCGGAGACCCGACAGAGCUGGAAUGUAAAGCUGUGAACGUGUCGAACCUCCGCGGCGGGCGGCUGGGAGUGUCGUGGCUGUACCGAGGCGUUCAGGCCGGCGACGUCCCGGGGUCUGCUCACGCCAUCGCCUCGCUGGACGAGAACGGGAACCUGGUGCCGGGCAAGACGUACAAGAGCCGCGUGGAGGCGGGGCUUGUUACGGUGACCCGUACGGAACCUUCUGCGUUCAGGCUCCGCCUCCUUCACACGAGGGACGCCGACUCCGGGGAAUACACGUGCGCUGUGAGCGCAUGGGUGCCGUCACGACACGGGAACUGGAAAAGGGUCGCAGAGCACGUGACCCCAGCGCUGAAAGUCGGCUUUGCUAACAAGCGUCCUGUUCUGAAUGUCGCGGCACGGCGUCUCCGUGAAGCUUCGGCAGCCGGCUCCACGUUCGAGAUGAGCUGCCACGCUGUUCAGGUCCAGCACCUCCCGCCCGGAGCCGCCGUGUCCAUCCUGGUCUGGUCCGAGAAGAGCGUGGGGUCGCCCGGACGCAAACUGGCCUCUCUGGACCCGGAGAUGGUCCUGCAGCAGGACGACCGGGACGUGGCGCUGGUGAAGAGCGGGAAGAACGAGUUUCGGUUCAGGAUCCAGGCGGUGCAGGUGACCGAUCGCGGCUUCUACUGGUGUGAGAUGAAGGCCUGGACGAGGCAGCCCGGGGAGGACUGGGUGGAGACGGCCAAGGGAGAGUCCAACAAGGUUCAGAUCGAUUUCAUACACAAAGGUCCAACGUUUGAUGUGUCCAUCAGCUCGGACGCAGCGAGUGUGUUCCCGUGGGAAACGGUGAAGAUGGAGUGUGACGUCGGCGUCAGCGGCACGUCUCCGACUGCAGACGAUGUAGCGUAUGAGAUGAAGUGGUUUCUGAGUCGUCUGAGGGGCUCGAACAGCCCGUCUCUGUUGGCCGGUAUGGACCGCUGGGGUGUUGUGAAGAAGGCUCCUCGCAACGACAGCAGCGACUGCAGCCUGGAGCGCCUGGGACCCCGAAGAUUCUCCCUGAACGUCCACAGCACGCAGGACAGCGACGCGGGCGACUAUCACUGCACCGCUACGCCCUGGAUCCGCUCGACCGCCACCGGGCUCUGGAGCAAAGCGCCCGAGGUCUCCUCGCAGAGAGUCUUCCUCAAUGUGAAGUUUGCACUGUGGGACUCAAUGAAGCUGCCCUUGCUGUACGGUGUCUGUGCUUCGGUGACCGUAGGCGUCGUUUCUCUCGUCCUGGGGCUGGUCUGUGCUCACUGCUGCUGUAAAACCACUACACCUACUCCGCGCUCUCGCAACAAACUCAUGGAGCUGGAGAUGGAUUGACAAAGACAGUACAGUUGUCCCCUGCCGAACUGGACGGCGUGGUGACAGCUGAUGAACGCUGGGACGUUAUGCACCACCUGGAAGGAGAAACUACAACCUCAGAGGAAAAAAACUACUGAAUCAGAGUCAACCACUCCAAAAUUGCACUAAACACUAAACUCUUAUAUCAGCUGGGCGCACGCUUUGUUGGAUUUGUGAACGUUUCGUCGUUGAAACAAGAUGAGAUACCUGACGAGAUCCUAGCAGGAUUUAACGCAUUGAAGGAUUACAUUACUCUACAUCAAGCUCCAAAGAGACCGUCUGCUUCCAGAUCAGGGUUUAUAGACACUCGUUUCUACCGUCAUUCUUCUGAGUUUGGUGCUACUCACUUUUUGCAAGACAUGGGAGGAGCUGAACCCAUGCCGCAGUGUGCAAGAUGACAUUUUAUCUGUGAUUCUGUGCUGUAAUGUAUGUACCCUUCGGUUUUGUCCUCCAACCCAUCCAGAAUUUACCAGCUCUGACCAACCCACCUUUCUAAAAGCUAACUAGUCAACCGUUAUCCUGCCAUGGGCGGUCACACUAGAUAUGAAUAGGUGAUGAACAAAAUAGUUUUUUGAAUAAGUAGUAUUUUUCUAAAUAAAUAAUUAAUAUCUAAUGUUAAAACGUAUAACCUCCUAUUUCCGAUGACAGCGCAGCACUGGACUAACACGUCUGUUUAGAUGGCUAUCAACAAGCUAGCAGUAGCCCAGAACAACCAAUCAGAACGUCAAAACAAUUCAACUGUUUACAAACAUCCUAGGAAUUGAUAAGCAAUUCUGUAGCAAUAACUUUAAAAAUGUAACCGCUAGCAGCUGUGGCCUAAUGGUUAGUGAGUCUGAAGGUUACGGGUUUGAGUCUCAGGUGUGGAUAAGCCUCAGUACCACGACUAAGGUGAGACCCUUGAGCAAGGCACGGGGGCUGCCUGUGUGUGUGUGUGUGUGUGUGUGUGUGUGUGUGUGUGUGUGUGUGUGUGUGUGUGUGUGUGUGUGUGUGUGUGUGUUCACUACUGUGUGUGUGUUUGUGCAAAUUGUGAGUAUGGGUCGCCACAUGCCACUUGAUUUCACCUUCUAAGAAACAUUUUUUACCGUCAUAGCAACCAACCAAAGUACAGUCACAGUUGCCUAGAAACAGUCAAGCAACCCCUGAAAGCACCAUUAGAAGGACUGGAACAUCUUGGAAACCACUCAACCACCUAAAACGCUAAAGCCGUUGCAUAGAUACACCCUGGCAACCACCUAAAGAGAUAUGUUGUGGCAAAGACCAAGAGCAUCCUAGCAACUACACAGAAACACUAUAGCAACAACCUAAAACACACACACAUCAAGAGAAUCCUAGCAACUGCAUAGAAACGCCCUAGCAACUAGCUAAAACCUCUUUAGCCCAAAUCAGAUUUUGUGCAUAUCUGGAUAAAAUCCGAUCUAAAACACAAACACCACAAGCAUCCUAGCAACCACAUAGCAAGCACCCUAGGAAGUAUACCACGAGCAUUCCUAGCAAAUGCGUAAAACCCCUUAGCAACUACCUACAACAAUAAGUCGAAAGCAUCCUAUUAACUGCAUAGAAACACCCUGGCACCUACCUAAAAUACUAACAAACACCAAGAGCAUUCUAGAAACAGUCUAGAAAUCAAUUUGAACAUCUUAGCAAGCAUCCAAAACACUGUGGCAAGUUAGCAACUGCAUAGAAACACUCUUGCACCUAUCUGCAACAAUCUAAUGUAUCUAGAUCCAGAGCUCCGUAGCAACUGCAUAGCAACUACCUAAACACAGACACCAAAAGCACCCUAGCAACAGUUCAGAAACAUUGCAACCACCCACAUCACCUUGCAACUGCAUAGAAACACCACUGCAACUAAUCUACUGUAGCACAAAAGACCAAGAAGCAGCUGAGAAACUACUUUGAACAUUGUAGCAACCGCAUAGCAUAGCAACUGCAUAGAAACACCCUGGCAACGACAGCAUUCUAGGAACCAGGACAAUCCUAGCGAAUGCAAAGAAACACCGUAGCCACUAUCCUUAACAAUCUACUGCAGCAUAGACCAAGAACGUCCUGUAAACAACCUAGAAACCACUUUGAACAUCCUACCGACAACAAUGGACAGUAAACAAAUCAACAGCAUCCUAGCAACUGCAUAGAAACGGCCUAGCAGCUACCUAAAACACAAACAAAUACCAAGAGCAUCCUAGCAACAGCUUAGAAACCACUUGCUACGUAGCAAUCACAUCAUAGCAACUGCCUAGAUACGUCCUAGCACCACUUAGAACAUCGUAAGCACCCAGAACGCUGUAGAAAGCACUUUUUUAUCAAGGUGCAAGAUACUUGUGAACAUGCGGUCAUGUGAAAAUGCCAAGAGAGGUGAAUCGGUGGCAUUUAUGUGGUGUGUUUUGCAAACCCACCCAAUUGAACUUUGGUAAAGAGAGAGCGAUGAAAGUCUCAAUCACGCGAGUAUGAAUGAAAGCUAGUUUCUAGUGUGGCCGCCCCUCGAGCUGAUGAGCUAUAGACUCAUUGGCUAGUCUGUCACACGGAGGUCAGGGUUUGAUUAGGUUGAAUCUGUGCCUUGGGCCCGGUCUUGAAGCUCCGCUAACAGCUCUGCACCGCCGCAUCACGGAGCAAGUAGAGCUGAAACUCAAUGCUGUGCAUUAGGGCCAAAAGACCCCCAGAACAAGCACUUUCCUCUUCAGCGACGCCUCAAGGGCAUCGGCCGACCUUUUUUCCUCUUUGUCUGCAUCUGAGGGUCUUUGUCUCCACUCCUGAAGCUAUCGGCUAAAAAAAAACGAAACUCUGUGAAUCUUCGUGGAAGACGGCGGAUAUUCAGUGUUUGUGCUCGGCAAACGUUCCGGCGUGGAUUUGUUUUCAACCUCUUUUUCUCAGUAUCAAACUGCCAUUAAUUCAGACCGUUUAAACUUCAUUUUCUAGAUCUUUUCAAGUCUUGAGAGUGCUUCUGUAUUUGGGUUUUGUAACGUUUAUACUUUGUAUGAAAAUUAAGGUUGAAGUUCGAAACUGUUCUUUUAGCGUCGUUCGUUGAUGUCAAACUGAAUAGCAGUUGGUCUUUUGUUUUUUUACAUUCGCGUACUGAACUAUGAUUGGUGUAAGAUUGUGUUUUUGACUGGGUUGUUGAUCGAAAAACUGAGUUAUGUGGUUAACCAAGCGAUUAAAAAGUGGUCACACUAGAUAAUAAGCAUGCAGAAUUAUUACAGAACUAUUUUAGAAGGAAUAUGAGCAACAGGAUGUGAUGUCAUGGUGCAGUGCUUUUGUUUUUAAAAAAAUAAAUUAUAAAUGAUAUUAAUAAAUUAAAAAAUGUUAUAAUAA